AUGUACGGAGUCAAGCUAAAUCCUCAGAAGUGUCUUUUCGGAGCAAAAAGCGGUCGUUUCUUGGGCUAUAUCAUCACCGGACGGGGCAUAGAGGCGAACCCCAGCAAGGUAAAGGUAUUACAGGACAUGCCACCUCCUAGAAAUUUGAAGGAAGUACAACGCCUUACCGGUCAGAUAACGGCUCUCUCGCGGUUCAUUUCCAAAACGACUGACCGGAGCAUGCCCUUUUUCAAGAUUCUUCGUCGAGCCACCAAAUUCCAUUGGGACGAAGAGUGCGACCGGGUGUUCGAAGCUUUUAAGGUUUAUCUAAACUCUUUACCUGUAUUAGCCAAGCUGACUAUUGGCGAGCCGCUCCUCAUAUACUUAUCCUCAACCGAGCAUGUUGUUGGCUCGGCAUUGGUAAGGCCGGACGGCGAAAAACAACCUGUGUAUUUUUUGAGUCACAUCCUAAAGGACGUUGAAUCCCGCUACACUGGUCUCGAGAAUUUUGCCUUCGCGUUAGUCCUUGCCGCCUGGAGACUCCGACCCUACUUUCUCGCGCACACAAUCGUCGUCAUGACGAACAGCCCUUUGGAAAGAGUACUUCUUAAUCCCGAGGCGUCUGGACGAUUGAUCAAAUGGACAACCGAGCUCAGCGAGUUCGACAUACAGUACCAGCCCCGGACGGCGAUUAAGGCGCAAGCCUUGGCAGAUUUUGUCACCGAAGUGCAGAACCUCGAGCCCGAAGCCACUUGGAGGGUGUACGUGGACGGGUCAGCCACGCGGCAAGGAAGCGACAUCGGUCUUCUGUUGAUUUCACCACAAGAAGAGCGGAUGCAUCUGUCCGUUCGGCUGGAUUACUGCGCGACCAACAACGAGGUGGAGUAUGAGUCCCUCAUAGCGGGAUUGCAGCCCGCUCGACACGUAGGAGCCAGUAAGGUCUUGAUUCAUUCAGAUUCACAGUUGGCUGCUCAGCAACUUUUGGGAGCAUUCGAGAUAAGCAGCGUUAGGCUCCAGCUUUAUGUGAAAGUGUUCGAAAAACUGAAGGCCAGUUUUCGAGAGGUGCUUAUCCAGAAGAUCCCCCGAGCGGAGAAUCAGGCUGCAGAUGAGCUGGCUAAGUUAGCCAGCUCGAUAUCACCAAUCGUCAUUCAACAGCCGAUCGAGCGGGUAUCUCUGGUCGCCCACAUCGACCGGAUGGAGGGGCUCACAUUUCCAAAUGACUGGCGGACGACUAAAGCAGAGUUUCUGAAGUCUGGAGCAACACCCUCCGAUCGGGAGGAAGCGCAUCUGCUUAGGAGAAGAUCUGGGCGGUUCGUCCUCAUUGGCGACCAACUCUACAAAAAAGCGUUCUCCAGGCCGCUGCUCAAAUGUGUUGGUCCGGAGGAUGUGGACUAUAUUAUGCAAGAAGUACAUCAAGGGUCUUGUGGAGGACACCCGGGCGACCGCUCAUUGGCAAGGAAGAUUCUGCUAGCCGGACAAAGCGCGAUCCAAACAGCCUUCCGGCUAAUGGUGUACCAGCAAAGAAUGAAGCAGAAUUACAACAGGCGAGUAAUUCCCAGGGCAUUCCAGGUCUGCGACCUUGUAUGGAAGAAGGUAAAGCCGGUCGAUAAUGUGAGCAAGCUGGAGGCAUCCUGGGUCGGGCCCUUCAAGGUUGUCGAAAAGCUCCGAUCGGACGCCUAUUACCUCGAAGACGAAGAUGGACUGUAA